ACGCGCAGUACGACUCCGGAGGCGCGGGCUGGCCCCUCCGCCGGUUUGGAUCCGGGUCAGUCAGGCCCCGCGAUCGGGUAACGACGAGCUGGGCAGACCGGACUGGUUCACGGGAGCGCCCCAGCUGCAAGCAAGGAGGGGGAAGAAAUGGAGAACUUUGGUUAAUCAAGUGGUUUGAUGAAGUGGAUAUCAUUUAAAGACUCAUCUACAGAACACUAUUAUUAACGGGUACAUCCAUAGUAGUGUAAAAACUUUCACAAUGAAAUCUGAAGCCAAGGAUGGAGAAGAGGAGAGUCUACAAACUGCUUUCAAGAAAUUAAGAGUGGAUGCAUCAGGGUCCAUAGCGUCUCUGUCUGUCGGAGAAGGCACAAGUGUCAGAGCAUCCGUCAGAACAGCAGCAGAGGAUACCAAACCUAAAGCCACGUGUGCAUCUAAAGAAAGCUGGCAUGGGUCUACAAGGAAGUCUUCACGAGGAGCAGUGAGAACACAGCGCCGUCGACGUUCUAAGUCUCCUGUCCUUCAUCCUCCGAAGUUCACGCACUGUGGCACAGUGUCUGCUCCCUGCGGCCGCCUCCGGCAUGGAAGCCAGACCGACACCCCUGACGGCGGCAGUGGGCUGGGAAUUCCAGCCCCCAGAGAGUUCAGUGCAGGAGAAUGCUCUACUUCUCUCCGUACUAGUCAAACAGGGCCAGUUGUUGAGCCUUUGAGAACUUCGGUUCCAAAGCUCCCAUCAGAGAGUAAGAAGGAAGACUGCUCUGAUGCUACCCAAGUCUCCCAAGCAAGUCUCAAGGCCAGUGAUCUCUCUGACUUCCAGUCUGUUUCCAAGCUAAACCAGGGCAAGCCGUGUGCAUGCAUAGGCAAAGAGUGCCAGUGUAAGAGAUGGCAUGAUAUGGAAGUGUAUUCCUUUUCAGGCCUGCAGAAUGUCCCUCCCUUGGCCCCAGAACGAAGAGCCGCGCUUGAGGACUACUCUCAGUCGCUCCACACCAGAACUCUGUCUGGCUCCCCCCGCUCCUGUUCUGAGCAAGCUCGAGUCUUUGUGGAUGAUGUGACCAUUGAGGACCUGUCAGGCUACAUGGAAUAUUACUUGUAUAUUCCCAAGAAAAUGUCCCACAUGGCAGAAAUGAUGUACACCUGAUAGCAAGAAGCUGAUUGAUAUGCUUUAAACCAAUGAAGGUUGUCAGAUGUAGUUAAUGGCAGACCUUGCAGCCACUUUGUGUGAGAAGAUACCUUCUGCUCACUGUGCUUGCAAUAAAAACUUUUCUUGGCAUCUCAGUUAAUCUCCAUUCUUUAAACUAACUUCUCUGAGUUCUUACAUACCCACCAAGGCAAGUGGAACAAAGACAAAUCCCUCUCAUUUAGAAAUGUUCUUGGGGGAUGAAGAAACCAAAAUUACUUGACUGGUAGCAGUGACUAUACAGUAAUAGCCUUUGCAAAACAGUGCAUUUUUCAGAUCUGUCUAAGAUAUGGUGGCCAAGGAAAAGGAAAUGUGGUUUUGUAACUGGGCUGAACAUCUGUGAUGCUGUAGUUGCCAGCUUGGAAUUAUUAGAAGUUAUAACGACUGAUACAAACCAUCUUAUUAAUCCAAGAUUUAUUAUGUCUUUCAAGGCUUCUUAAUGUUGUUACUAAGCCAGAGAUCUAAGGUUUAGAUUCCAUGUGAAUAAACUAGCUGGCCUGA